GCAGUCAAUGCUAUAAAAAGGAACGCAGCUGAUAUUCUGAAACAGUAGAUCGUCGACCUUCGGUAGAUCAUCUUGGAUACAUACAUCAUCCAGUAGCAGAUCGGCUUAGUCUCUUAGGAACUAAACGUCAUUAACUUCAUCAAAAUAUGUUAUCUUACUUGUGGCUAGCUGCCGCAUCGCUGAUUAUCAUCGCUGCAUACCCACAAAUGGAUGAUAUCGUCUUUGACGGACCUGUCGCUACCAGGACACCCAACGGAGAACGAAGAAUUACAUCAACAUCCACAACGACUGUGGCAUCUAGGAAUGAAAAUGGUAGGACUACGACUCCUCAAUCUGUGAAUCAAUUCAAUACGUGCGUUGAUACUUGCCCGGUAACAAAUGAAUACAAUCCUGUUUGCGGUACGGACAAUGUUGAUUACUCCAAUCCAGGAGGAUUGGGUUGUGCGCAAAGGUGUGGAAAAGAAGUGACAUUAAGAUAUUAUGGACGCUGUUCGACAGGCACGAGUGGAUGAUAUAUAAUAACCAUCAUUAAACAAUAUAAUUUACAAUAAUAUCAUUCUAUGAGAUAGUAAAACAUUGAUUGUCUAGAAAAUGGAAGAAAAAUACACAUAUUUACACACCAUAGCAUAUACACACACAUAUUACAAAUAUAUUAAUUUACUUUAAACAAAAAUAAUUAACUGAUGGACACACACUUCAUUUUUAUUUUGACCUUUGUAUCCUCUAAAUAAUUCUGAAAUAAAUGAUACUAAAUGCGAA